GGAGGAGGAGAGAGGGACUGUCAGGAGGAGGAGGAGGAGAGAGGGACUGUCAGGAGGAGGAGUUUUUUUUAAAUUCACUGAUUCGGAAAAUGUGAGGAUCUGAGUUGGAUGUGACUGGAAUAAUCACUGCAGAGAGAGACACCGCUCAGACUGCACAGAGACCGCACAGAGCAGAGACCGCUCAGACUGCACAGAGACCGCACAGACCCUGCACAGUGAGACGGCCGGAUGGAGAUGAGACGGCUGCUGAUCAGUGACAGCCUGGCUCCGGCCUGCGCUCACAUCCUGCGCUCUGCCGGCAUCGAGGUGACCGAGAACCCGGGCCUCAGCCCCGAGGACCUCCGCGCCUGCAUCCAGGACUACGACGGUCUGAUUGUCCGUUCUGCCACUAAAGUCACCUCAGAUGUCCUGACUGCAGGAACAAGGCUGAAGGUGGUGGGACGAGCCGGGACUGGCGUGGACAAUGUGGAUGUGGAGGCUGCCACCAAGAAUGGGAUCAUUGUGAUGAACACUCCCACUGGGAACAGUAUCAGUGCCGCGGAGCUGACGUGCGGUCUCCUCCUCAGUCUCUCCAGGCAGAUUCCUCAAGCUGCAUCAUCCAUGAAGCAGGGGAGAUGGGACCGGAAGAAGUACAUGGGCUCUGAGCUGCAUGGGAAGACUCUGGGAAUCCUGGGACUUGGUCGGAUCGGAAAAGAAGUGGCAAUAAGGAUGCAGUCUUUCCAAAUGAAGUCUCCUCACCUCUCUCCAUGCACAGUCUCCUUGCCUCUCUUCACACAAAGGUCCAACACCUCUGUCCAUCCAUUGUGUCUUCUCUCCAGACCAUCGGAUAUGACCCCAUCAUCCCCCCAGAAGUCACAGCCGAAUUUGGGGUUCAACAGUUUCCACUAGAAGAAAUCUGGAGACAGUGCGAUUACAUCACUGUGCACACCCCUCUCCUCCCGUCUACCACAGGUAUACUCAGCGCUGUACGCC